AUGUUAUCAACAAAGAGAAAAGCACUAGACACUGGUCUACAGAGGCGCGUGAGAGCAAGAAGAGAGGCUUCUGAAGAAAUUGAAGAAUUUUCUUCAGAUUCUGCUCCAUCAGAAACUGGUCAAAAUGACGACGAGGAAGAAGGAAGUUCCAGCAACGAGGAAGUAGAUGAUAUAGAUGAUGACGAUGAUGAGGAAUCAUCUAAACCCGAAGAUGAAGCAUCCAACCUUGCGGCCUCGAUCUCUUUCGGCGCAUUGGCUAAAGCACAAGCUACCGCGCCCAAGCCCAGUAAAAGGGACUCGAAAAAUUUAAAGAAGAGUAAUGGGGAUGGAUGGGAAGAUAAUGAAGCUACCGAACGUAAAGCUGGAAAAAAGGACCAACGAGACUUUACCCGCAGCAGCAAAAAUGCACCUACUGAAAUCUCCAGCAAGAAAGCUGUAUCCCGUCGUAGAGAAGUCGUACCUGUCAAGAAACGAGAGAUUCGAGAUCCACGAUUUGAGCCAACGAAUGGCCCGGUUGAUAUGCAGAAGAUUGAAAAGAAUUACGAUUUCUUAGUUGAUUAUCGGGAAGACGAAAUGAAGAAAUUAAAGGAGACGAUUAGAAAAACCAAGGACGAAGAUGAGAAGGAGAAGUUGAAGAGGGAAUUGUUACGAAUGGAGAGUAGAAAGAAGACGGAUGCUAGGAAGAGGAAGGCCCGAGAGGUAUUGGAUAAGCACAGGAAGGAGGAGAAGCAAUUGGUGAAGGAGGGAAAGACGCCAUAUUAUUUGAAGAAGGCAGAACAAAAGAAGAGGGUUCUAUUAGAUACUUUCGGGGAGUUGAAGGGGAAACAACUGGAUCGGGUCAUCGAGAGAAGGAGAAAGAAGGUGGAGGGGAAAGAAAAGAAGAAUAUGCCGAGAGCGAGAAGAAUGGUCGAGUAG